AUGGACCUCCUGCUCCCUCAGCGACUGGCCGGCGUUGAUCUCCGAACAAGCGAGUCGUUUGACUGCGAAGAAGGCUUCGGCCAUGGGCCCUUCCAGAAGAGGAUGCUCCUUCUGAUUCUUCUGGGUGCCUUCUUGCUUAAAUGUCAAACUAUUGUGGUGUCCGUCGUCACCGGUGAUGUCGACCAUUGGUGCAAGCCGCUCGCCGGCUUCAACAUCUCUGUAGCCGAUUGGAAAAAUAUCGCCAUACCUAUCGAGGCCGAUGGACGCUUCAGCCGCUGCCGCGUCUACGAACGUUGCAAGCCACCCGCAGAACUCAGCAAUUCCGUUGAGCGUGGGAAGACUGGCGCGGGACCUGAAGUGGCCGGCCGGUGGUACAACAAGUGCUUUUUCAACGACCAUGAACCCCAAGACAACGACACACGCGACGCGCCCUGCGAAGAGUGGGACUACGACGUUCGGACAGCCGAGACCAGUGCGGUGAGCUUCUGGAACAUGGUGUGCCACCGACGUUUGAUGCCGGCCGCCCUUGUCACCCUGCAGAACACUGGUGCAGUCGUUGGCCUUGUCCUGGUCGGAGCCCUCGUAGACUACGUCGGCAGAAGAGCCUGGCUCCUCGGCUCCGCUGUGGCAGUGGUGACGUGCACGGUAUCCACCUUGGUGGCGACAAGUUAUGUGCAUUACGCUGUGGCACGUUUCCUUAUCGGGGCCAGUGUCGCCGUACACACGGUUUUCACCUUCCUGAUCCCAUUCGAGGUAAUGACGCACACGCACAGGCCACACCAGGUCCUCUUUCUAGCUGUUGUGGGUUCGGCGCUGUGCGACAUUUGGAUCAUCAUCGUCAAAUCUAUUGUCAUCAAUUGGCAUCUGAAGCAGAUCAUCUUCCUCGCUCCGACGGCUAUCCUGCUGCCUGCUUUGUCUACAGCACGAGAGUCACCCCGUUGGCUCGUCGCGAAAGGAAGGCUGGACGCAGCAGAAACAGUCAUGAUGGAGGGGGCCAAGACAAACAAUUUCCCGAUUGCGGUCACGGCCUGUCUCGUGGAGAAGCUCAGGGAACAGAUCCAGAACCACGUGGGUCAAGAAGGCGCAGACGCAGACGAGUUGAUCGACUGUCGCUCCCUCCGACGUCGAGCGUUGGCAAUGUUCGCGGUAUGCUUUUCGGUAUCGUUCGUCUUCUACGUCAACGCUUUCUCCACGGCGCAAUGGAGGGGAUUCUGGAUACCGGGCCUCAACGUCGCCAUCACACUGUUGACGUACGCGGCGAUGCACUUCCUGAUGACCGGCGUCACCCUUAUCACAGUACUUACCAGUUGCUUCCUUCUGACGGGCGUCAUCCAAUGCGCGAUGAGUAUCACCGCCGGCGCUGGACUCGCCACCAUCACCAAGGUCUUGCUCGUGUUAUCCAAGGGCGCGUCCACUGUGAUUUACGUCCACUGUUUCACGUAUGUCGCUGAGCUGUUCCCAUCGGCCGUGAGGGGUGGCGCCCUCUGCUGGGCAUUCGCCUCUGGACGUGCCGCGGCCAUGUGCGCGGCAGUGACUUUUGUAUUGAAGCCGACCGGACAUGAAGACGUGGUAUUUGGCGUGACGGGACUGUUCCUUUUCGCUUCUCUGCUUGUCAUUCGUGCCCUGCCACGCACGACUGUGGUGGAGGAAGCAAAAAUCGUGGCCAGGGACGCUUCGGACUCCACUAGAAUUGCCUUGGAUCACAUGAAGCGGACCUUGGAGCAGCAUACGUGGCAAAAGACGACCAAGACCGCAAGCUUGGAGAGUUCCAAGUCCUCCGGCAAGAAGAGUCGAAAAAGCGUUGGCAGCAGCAGUCUGGGCAGUUCUAAGUUACGCCGUGGAUUUAGCACCAACCGCAUGCAGAUUGAAAACGUCCCUUUACCACUUCUUGCCUGCAAUGUGGUCAGUGUGGGUGCAGGCCUAUCUUCGAAAAAACAGAGUCUGCACUGGAGUAAGCGUGUAGGCAUGCAUGGCACUCCAUUGAAGCGUACCUUAUAAAAAUAAUGCAGACAUGAGGAUCAGUAGAAUGUCAAUCAUGAUUAAUAGCCUUCACUUCAUUUGCUUGAUUUUUUUUGACAUUGCUUGAUGUGUGCGUAUUGUUCUUGUAUAUAUAAUUGAAUAAAAAAUUCAGUUGCAAGUCAAUGCUCAUUUUGUGUUUUCACUGGCCUUCAUACUUUGUGCACUGUUUCUAGUCUUUCAAUAAUGCAACAACUCGCCCCGCUCUCAAUUCUCCUAGCCUCAGUAUGGAAGUUUAAA